GAUUAUUAAAAUUAUCCUAAAAGGGGACAGUUUGACUUGCUUGAGCAUUUGGAAACAUUUCUUACCUUCUCUGGAACUGAAGCGAGUCCAGCGCAUCAGUGAAACCCCAGAAGACGGCAGCAGCAGCGGCAGCGGUGGAGGGAACAGGAUAGGGAUAACCGGGAGAUCCACUUUAAAUGAAGAGAAACAUGUGAAAACCCUUGUGAAGCUUGACCUGCAAGUUAGCCUUCAGCAACAAAAAGGCAAAGGUCUCCUCCCUCCUUAAUUGCAUCCAUUCUCUCAACUCCCUUAGCAGUUCCCUUCCAGGCCUGUUAAACAUGAAGGGCCAGCAAGCUUUUUGCAGAACUUUAUCACUUAACCCUAAAGUGGGAUCAGUAGCUACUCUACUAGGCUUCUGGCUCUUAAUACCUGCCUUAUCCAAUGGGCAAACUUUCACUAGUUUCCACCCUGAACGUCGGGACUGGGUAUUCAACCACCUGACAGUUCACCAAACCACAGGCGCUUUGUAUAUUGGAGCAGUCAACCGUGUGUACAAGCUCUCAGGCAACCUGACUCUCCUAGUUUCUCAUGAUACAGGCCCAGAGGAUGACAACAAGGCCUGCUACCCCCCUCUGAUUGUCCAGCCAUGUUCUGAGCCCCUUGUCUCAACCAACAAUGUCAACAAGCUUCUCCUAAUUGAUUAUUCCCAAAAUCGGUUGCUCGCCUGUGGCAGCCUAUACCAGGGUGUCUGUAAACUCCUCAGAUUGGAUGACCUCUUUAUCUUAGUGGAGCCGUCCCACAAGAAAGAGCACUACCUCUCCAGUGUAAACCAGACUGGGACUAUGUAUGGGGUCAUUGUGCCUUCACAGGGCCAGGAUGGGACCCUGUUUAUUGGCACAGCGGUAGAUGGCAAACAGGACUACUUUCCUACUAUCUCUAGUCGAAAGCUGCCUCGUGACCCAGAAUCCUCUGCUAUGCUCGACUAUGAAUUGCACACUGAUUUUGUGUCCUCCCUCAUCAAGAUACCAUCAGAUACACUGGCACUGGUCUCUCACUUUGACAUCUACUAUGUUUACGGCUUCGCCAGCGGCAGCUUUGUUUACUUCCUGACUGUGCAGCCCGAGACGCCAGAAAACAGCAUGUCAUCGAGUGGAUCCGGCAGUGAUCUCUUCUACACUUCUCGCAUUGUUCGCCUCUGCAAAGAUGACCCCAAGUUCCACUCUUAUGUUUCCCUGCCUGUUGGCUGUGUGAAGAGUGGUGUUGAGUACCGGCUACUGCAGGCUGCCUACCUUGGCAAGCCAGGACGCGUUCUCGCUGCAUCACUCAAUAUCAGUGCCCACGAUGAUGUGCUGUUCACCAUCUUCUCUAAGGGCCAGAAGCAGUUCCAUCGCCCACCAGAUGACUCAGCACUAUGUGUCUUCACCAUUCGUGACAUCAAUGCACGAAUUAAGGAGCGCCUGCAGUCCUGCUACCAGGGAGAAGGAAACCUGGAACUUAACUGGCUGCUUGGGAAGGAUGUGCAGUGCACCAAAGCGCCGGUGCCCAUUGAUGACUCCUUCUGUGGUCUGGACAUCAACCAGCCGCUUGGCGGCUCUCAGCUAGUGACUGGCCACACUCUCUACACUGAGACUCGGGACCGUAUGACUUCUGUGACCUCUUAUGUCUACAAUGGCUACUGUGUAGCUUUUGUGGGUACCAAGAGUGGACGGCUAAAGAAGAUUCGUGUUGAUGGGCCCCCUCACGGUGGCGUUCAGUAUGAAACCAUCUCGGUUAUCAAGGACGGCAGUCCUGUCCUCAGAGAUAUGGCCUUCUCUCUUGACCGCAACUACGUCUACGUCAUGUCUGAGAGACAGGUUACCCAAGUUCCCAUCGAGUCAUGUGAGCAGUACGGGACAUGUGGAGAGUGUCUGAGCUCCGGGGAUCCGCACUGUGGUUGGUGUGUUCUUCAUAAUAUAUGCUCUCAGAGGAAUCGAUGUGAACGUGCGGAUGAGCCGUACCGUUUUGCUGCUUCGCUCAACCAGUGUGUGAAGGCAACUGUGUAUCCAGACAGCCUUGCAGUUUCAGAGCCUAGCGUACCUCUGCUGGUGAAGGUGAGCGAUGUUCCAGACCUUUCCGCUGGCAUCACCUGCUCCUUUGGCAACUUGACAGAAGUGGAGGGCCAGGUCAAUGGCAACCAGAUACUCUGCAUAUCUCCUGCUGCUAAGGAUGUCCCUCUCAUCCCCACUGACCAAGACUGGUCAGGCGUUGAACUGAGGCUGAAUUCUAAGGAGACUGGUCAGAUGCUUAUCAGCACAGAGGUCAAGUUUUACAACUGCAGUGUCCACCAGCUGUGUCUGUCAUGUGUGAACAGUGCCUUCCGCUGCCACUGGUGCAAAUACCGCAACUUGUGUACUCAUGACCCCUCCAGCUGUUCCUUCCAGGAGGGACGGGUCAACGCUUCUGAGGACUGUCCCCAGCUUGUGCGCUCUGAGGAAAUUCUGAUCCCAGCAGGUGAGGUGAAGCCCAUAACCCUGAAGGCCAAGAACCUGCCGCAGCCCCAGUCUGGCCAGCGGGGCUAUGAGUGUGUCCUCCACAUCCAGGGGGUCAGCCACAGAGUCACUGCCCUCCGCUUCAACAGCUCCAGUGUACAGUGCCAGAACAGUUCGUAUCUGUACGAAGGAAUGAAAAUCAGCGAGCUUCCUGUGGAUUUCUCGGUGGUGUGGAACGGCAACUUUAUUAUCGACAACCCAGAAAAUAUCCAAGUGUACUUGUACAAGUGUGCAGCCCAGCGGGACAGCUGCGGCAUGUGUCUAAAGGCAGAGAGGAAAUUCCAGUGUGGCUGGUGCAGUGGUGAGGGAAGGUGUACACUGAGACACCACUGUCCCCCAAUUAACCCUUACACCACCCGCUGGCUGAACCUGUCCAGCAAAAAUGUGAAGUGCACCAACCCACGCAUCACUGAGGUGACGCCAGUGGCUGGACCCCCAGAAGGAGGCACCCGGGUGACCAUCCACGGCACAAACCUUGGUCUGGCUUUCUCAGAUAUGGUCGGCAAUGUGGAGGUGGCAGGAGUGAGGUGCACCCCUGUAGAGGAUGGCUACAUCAUUGCUGAACAGAUUGUAUGUGAGAUGGAUAUGGCCCAUGCAGACAAUAGACCUGGUCCAGUACAGCUCUGUGUCGGAGAGUGCAAGCCAGAACUCAGGGCUCGCUCGUCGCAACUCUACUCCUUUGUGACUCCAGCUGUCACAGGCCUGUCCCCUAGCAGAGGUCCAGAGUCUGGAGGCACUAAAGUAACUAUAAUGGGAGAAAACCUCGGCGCCGGCAGCAGUGUCAACGUUAAGUUUGGAAACCAGACAUGCGAGUUCUUUGGACGGACGAUGACUGAGAUAGUCUGCUACUCUGCCCCUUCUCUGUCUGGGGUCGGCACAGUUCAGAUCAGCGUGAGUGUGGAUCGCGCCCAAAUCAGGGAGAGCCUCACCUUUGAGUACACAGAGGACCCUACUGUACAACGCAUUGAACCAGACUGGAGCAUUGCAAGUGGUCACACACCCCUGAUGGUGACAGGAACCAAUCUGGAUGUGGUUCAGGAGCCCCGGAUCCGAGUGAAAUAUGCUGGCCGAGAGUCUGUCAACGUGUGUAAAGUAUUGAACACCACCAGCAUGAGCUGCUUUGCUCCUUCUUUGAUGGCGGAGUACCAUCCAGGUUUGGACACUGUGAAGCACGCAGACGAGUUUGGAUUCAUCUUCAACAACGUCCAAGCGCUGCUGGUCUACAACAACACUAAUCUCCUCUACUACCCAAACCCUUACUUUGAGCCACUCAGCAUCACUGGUGUCCUUGAGCAAAAACCAGGCUCACCCAUCAUUCUCAAGGGCAGAAACCUGGUUCCUCCAGCAUCAGGAGGGGUGAAGCUUAACUACACAGUACUAAUAGGAGAGACUCCCUGUUCUGUCACUGUGUCUGAGAGCCAGCUGCUGUGUGAGCCUCCCAACCUCACUGGCCAAUACAAAGUCAUGGUUCAAGUUGGUGGUCUCCAUGUGUCCCCGGGUGCCGUGCACAUAAUGUCUGACAGCCUGCUGACCCUUCCAGCCAUUGUUAGCAUUGCUGCGGGUGGAGGUCUCCUCCUCAUCAUCGUCAUCCUCGUCCUGAUCGCCUACAAGCGAAAGUCACGUGAAAACGAUCUGACCCUUAAGCGCUUGCAGAUGCAAAUGGACAACCUGGAAUCACGAGUUGCCCUAGAGUGCAAGGAAGCCUUUGCUGAGUUACAGACAGACAUCAAUGAGCUCACCAGCGACCUCGACAGAGCUGGUAUCCCCUAUCUGGAUUACAGAACCUAUGCCAUGAGGGUCCUUUUUCCUGGCAUAGAGGAUCACCCUGUCCUCAGAGAACUGGAGGUGUCAGGCAAUGGCCAGCAGAAUGUGGAGAAGGCCCUGAAGCUGUUUGGCCAGCUCAUCAACAACAAAGUGUUCCUGCUCACCUUCAUCCGAACACUAGAAAUGCAGCGCUCUUUCUCCAUGAGGGACCGCGGCAACGUGGCCUCACUUAUCAUGACUGCCCUUCAAGGACGACUGGAGUAUGCCACCGAUGUCCUUAAACACCUGCUGUCAGACCUGAUUGACCGCAACCUGGAGAGCAAGAACCAUCCCAAACUGCUGUUGCGCAGGACAGAAUCGGUUGCAGAAAAGAUGCUUACAAACUGGUUCGCUUUCCUCCUUCACAAGUUUCUCAAGGAGUGUGCUGGGGAGCCUCUGUUCAUGCUGUACUGUGCCAUCAAGCAGCAGAUGGAAAAGGGUCCCAUCGACGCCAUCACCGGAGAGGCCCGUUACUCCCUAAGUGAAGACAAGCUCAUCCGCCAACAGAUCGAGUACAAAACCCUGAUCUUAAACUGUGUGAACCCAGACAAUGAAAACAGUCCAGAGAUUCCAGUGAAGGUGCUGAACUGUGACACCAUCACUCAAGUGAAGGAGAAGAUACUGGACGCUGUUUACAAGAACAUGCCCUAUUCUCAGCGACCACGCGCUGUCGACAUGGACCUUGAAUGGCGCCAGGGACGGAUGGCUCGUGUGGUAUUGCAAGAUGAAGACAUCACAACUAAGAUUGAAAAUGACUGGAAGAGACUCAACACGCUUAUGCACUACCAGGUAUCGGACCGCUGUGUGGUGGCUUUAGUGCCCAAGCAGACCUCAUCAUACAACAUCCCUUCCUCAGCCAGCAUAUCGCGCACCUCCAUCAGCAGAUAUGACUCUUCAUUCCGCUACACGGGGAGUCCAGACAGCCUCCGAUCACGUGCUCCCAUGAUCACCCCUGAUCUAGAAAGUGGUGUGAAGGUUUGGCAUCUGGUGAAAAACCAUGAACAUGGAGAUCAGAAGGAAGGAGAUCGCGGUAGCAAGAUGGUUUCUGAGAUUUAUCUGACUCGACUGCUAGCUACCAAGGGUACACUGCAAAAAUUUGUUGAUGAUCUGUUUGAGACACUGUUCAGUACAGUCCACCGAGGGAGCACUCUUCCUCUGGCCAUCAAAUACAUGUUUGACUUCCUGGAUGAGCAGGCAGACAAACAUGGCAUUCAUGACACAGACGUACGUCACACGUGGAAAAGCAAUUGCCUUCCUUUGCGUUUCUGGGUGAAUGUGAUCAAGAACCCGCAGUUCGUGUUUGACAUCCAUAAGAGCAGCAUCACAGAUGCCUGUCUGUCUGUAGUAGCUCAAACCUUCAUGGACUCUUGCUCCACUUCAGAGCACCGCCUGGGCAAAGACUCCCCAUCAAAUAAGCUGCUCUACGCUAAAGAUAUCCCCAAUUACAAGAGCUGGGUAGAAAGGUACUACGCCGACAUCAACCGGCUCCCAGCCAUUAGUGACCAGGACAUGAAUGCCUAUUUGGCAGAACAAGCCAGACUCCACUCCACAGAGUUCAACAUGCUCAGUGCUCUCAACGAAAUCUAUUAUUAUGUCAGCAAAUACAGUGAAGAGAUCACAGCAGCCCUGGAUCAGGAUGAACAGGCAAGGAAGCAAAGGCUGGCCUACAAAGUGGAGCAGCUCAUCUCUGCCAUGUCCUUUGAAAGCUGAGAGUAACUACUACUCAGAGAAAGAGAGCGAGAGAGGACCACAGUCUCCACACGACCUACCAGAAAGGUCUUGCAUUGCUUACUCUCAUCGUGGGAGCUGAAACCAUGAACUGGGACCUCUGUAUCUACAGCUGGACUAACAUAAAACUGCUUGAGUUUGUAAUUCUCCCACCUCCUUCCAUGACGGUGCCAACGCAGGGCCCAAAGACUGAAACAGAGGCCUCCCUGCAACUGGAUUUGCUAGUGGCAUAAGUAAGAGACUAUAGCAGAGAAUGCAACCACAUGGCUUGUAUUUAUUUUUUUUUUCUUUUCUUUUUCACAAAGGACAUUUUCUCUGUUUGACAGGGAAUCGUAUGCUGUGCGUGUGUGUGUGUGUGUGUGUGUGUGUGUGUGUGUGUGUGUGUGU